AUGGAAGGAAAUCUAGUCGAUCGAAUCAGCAUGUUAGACAACAACACUCUCAAUCACAUUCUUUCACUUACAGACACUAAAUCAGCAGUUCGAACAUCUGCGUUGUCAAAGAAAUGGGUGGGUUUAUGGAAGGAUCAGCACAAGUUAGAGUUCUAUUCAAGCAUGUUUCCUACUGAUUUGUCGUUCUUUGCGUUCGUGAACAAGGUGCUUCAAGAUCGAAACUCAGCUAUAAAGAUCGACAGCAUUAAGGUUGUUUACAACGGCGGCUCAGCCUCAUUUCCUGAUCAAGUUUCUAACUGGUUACAUGCUGCUAGUGAAGCAGAAGCAGCAGAGAUAAUAAUAAGUAGCAGACAGGAGAGAGACUGCGUCGUUCCUGUGCAAGUUUUCUCCAAUCCAAGAUUGAAGUAUUUGGAUCUGGAUUUACACUGCAGAAUUAGUAUUCCAACUCCAGAUCAGCUUGAUCUACCAGAAGUGACGCAUGUGAAGAUAAGAAACACAAACUUCGAUCAGCCAGAUCUGGGUCUAGAUCUGACAUCAAACUCUCCCAAAUUGGAAUAUCUGGAUUUUGGUCAUAUUCAAACUCGUGGUGACGGCAUCAACAUCACAGUUAUAUCCCAGUCUCUCAGAGAUUUAAAAGUGAAAAUCAGAUAUGGUGUUGGAGAUCUUUACCGUCCAAGUAUGAUGAAUGUUCAUGCUCCUGCAAUGUCAUCUCUGGUCUCCUACUGUGUAGACAAACUCGUGCUUCAAGAUGUCUCGGCCUUGCAGAGUGCCGAUGUAGCUGUAAUAAAGCCAAAUCUUCCGGUAGCCAAGCAUAACUUACAAUUUCUACAACAAAUGGUUGGGGUUAAGGAUAUGAGGAUCUCCUUCUUUCCCACUUCUCAGGUAACGACUUGUCUUCAAAUUUGA